GUGUGCAAUUCUACAAGAGGAAAGUGACCUUAGGUCUGUGUCAGAAUUUCCAUGUAGAGGUUUUAUUGGAACUGUGGACCAAACCUCAACUGCCCACUGCAGGGAUUUGGAUAUGGCCCAGCUACUACGUCAUGUAACGUUUGCUUUUGCAGGCCUCGCCAUUUCGGUUGUAGUUUUCACGGCCUUGAAGGACUAUACAGGCUCUCGUAGUCUUUAUCUAAGACCUCCGCCAUCAAUAGCCAGGUCAGCGGCUCCUCGGAAUCGUUCUGGUGCUACAGUCGACAUGAGGAGGGGUGCUGACUUGACCUUCACGAGGGGCCACACGCUUACCCUUACUCUUCGCAUGGAAGUGAAACCGAGACUGGUAAAGCUUUUUUUCUGUGAUACCUUACGAUCUGCUGCGUUGUUCUGGUCACGGAAGCUGGGCCCCAUCAGCGUGAUACUAAACGAGGAAUCCGCAGCCGAUCACCAGUUUGCUGGACGGCUGCGUCAGCUGGAAGGCGAGCUGGGUUUCCAGUUUGACUUCCUCUACGAGCCUCUUCCCAACGAUCCCUCCAUCUUAAAGAGUGUUCGGGGCCAAGGGUACGCCCGACAGCUAUGGAGUAGCUUCUUUAUGGAUAUGUACAUCAACGCGUCCAUUGUCGCCUGGACAGACACGGAUGGGAUGUUCACGGCGCCCGUCACGCCUGAUAAUAUUUUCAACGGCCAGCGAUUGCGAGUGGUUACUUUCACCGACUGGAAAGAAAUUAGGAAAUACGCCUGGGAAAUAACGACUGAAACUGCCAUGGGCAAAACACUGGUGUCAAAUUUCAUGUCUUAUUUCCCAGUUUACAUCUGGAGAGAUACCAUAACCAACUGCAGGAACCAUGUUUUGAAGCACAUGCAAGUGUCUAGCUUCGAGGACGCCUUUCGUAAACUGGUAGAUGCACCCGUUGGGAAAAUGGGAGUCCCAUUCAGCCCUGUCAACGUCAUCUUGAACUACGCGUAUUACUUUGAACACGAUCGUUAUGACUGGCAUCUCGAUGGUAUCCGGAAAGACGCCCCUCUCGGUUUGGCGAUCAUACCUAGCGAGAGGGUCCCGGAGGUGCGUGUCACUAAUCACAAAGCGUCUGCCGACAUAUUGGUGCAAGGGUACUGCAUUGCAAAACGGUACACUGACUCGCUUCCGGCUGCGUGCGAGCGGUUUCGAAAUGUGACCAAUUUUCAGCUGUUUGUGUUCGAUGUUAACACAGAUCAUCUUCACGCGUGGUGCUCAAGUAAAAAAGGUCACCAAGAUUGUGCUGAACGGAUCGAAGCGCACUACCAGAAUUUCAGGAAGUAUUACAAUGCCGGAUAUGACUUGGAUUUGAAACGAGUUCGCGCGAUUGAAAAAGCGGCAAGGCGGGAGAAGGUGUCAUGUUCAGAAGUAUUCAAUUUUGACGUAAAUGGCACUUGAUGUUAAUUACACUUUCCAACUAGCACGUAUUUUGUGCAACUUUCUACUCAUCUGUGGUGUGAGAAAACUCUCCGACAUCCCUCUUUGGUUAAUCUCAAUGAAAAAUGAAUGUUCUUUGUUAUUCUUUAGAAAUGAGGUCUCUUCGACUAUGAUGCUGUACAGGAAGGAAAACACGAUGGUUCUUACUUUGCAUAAGUAGCAAACAAAACCCUCGUCAAGCUACUCUCUCCAGUAUCUCAAUGUUGGGGUACAUUUUGUUCACUUUAAAGUUUAUUUAUUAGUCUACAGGUAAACGUAACCAUAUAUUUUGCUUUACGUUAAUAACAAAAACAAAUUCAUACAAAACGCAUUGAACCUUGUUAUCAAUACAAGAAUAACGAAGAAUAAGUUGCAAAUCACAAAAUAUGGAGGGCCUGACGUUUUGAUCUUAACAUAAUCUUUCUCAAGGCAAAAAAAAAUGAAUAGAAUCAACCUGCAUCUUGAUUGAGCCCAAUCACCUUGACAACUCAAUUAUUUAACAAAGAAGUUAAUAUUGUAGCAGCGUUAUUGUAAUUAAAUGCAUACUUCAGAGGGUGAAGGGAAUUAUACUUUGCUAAAGACUAAUUUGCCAAAAGUAAGAAUUUUUCCAAAUUACCAUUGCAACUAUUUACAUAUAAGUCUUAUAGUACUGCGUCCGUGAAAGGUUUCCUCCGUUGUUAAUGUAAAAGAAAAUAGUUUGUACUUUUCUGAAGUAAAGUUCAAUACAGAUCUGAAAAUAAGUCAGUGGAGUAUCAUUCCAAAACAGAGGCAAAGUUGAUGAUAGCACGAUCAGAGCUCCAAGUUCCCUGUCAUGUGAAGAUCAGAUGUCACUUAAUAGUCCACAUACCUAAACACCACAUGCAGGAGCCGGCGCUCCGCAUACUUCAGUGGGGGUGGGGGUUGAGGCGCACAACUGUUCAAUAGUUGAAUGCGGAAAUAUAUCCGUCCAGCAAGCCACGAGUGACAAACGAAGAAGAGUGUGCGGAUCUCAGUAUACCUUUUUAUUUCCAUGGAGGUAUUGGAUAAAUUUGUGUUCCCCGAAAUGGAUCUUUGGUUGCUUUGGUUAAACAGCAUAGCAAAUCUGCGGCUGAAGGUUAUGAAAAAGUAUAGGCCUAUAACGCAAGGCCUGUUGCCACUGAUCUACCGAUCGGAAUCAAGGAUCUACGUUUGCUCGCAGACAAUCAACAAACCUAAAAUGGGUCCUCAUUGCUAAUUCAAUAUAGAAUUUUUGCAACAGGUCUAGAAGAGGUUUUCGUUUGGCCUCGGCUCUAUCCACUUUCUCGACAAUGUGCAUGACAUUAACGCCCAGAAACCCUUGGUAAAAGACAUAGUCAUUUAAAGUGCUCAGUAUUCAGUUCAGGUCGAGAAACCAGAACUUACCUACCCACUCUUGUCGCCCUCUUGAAAUUCCUAAAGUAGAUAAAUGAACUUAAAGGGAGCAACUCCUCGGCGUCCUUUCAUACACGAUGGUUACCGGCACCAUGCCCUGCCUCUUCCCAGGUUUCCCUGUGAUACACUCUCGUGCAGAGUUCUCUAGGGCCAGUAAAAUCAUUCCGAGUUGGUGCAGUGGCCUUCUUUCUAACCUAAUGUACUUCGAGACUACUUGCAUGCCUCGUGUAUUCACUUUUGGCAUGUUAAAAUUCUAUUUCAAUUCCCGCUGCAAUACCAAACACCGAAGGCGGUAUGCUUUUGUCAUGGGGGCACUCUUUUUAUAUUCUAUGGUUCUCAAUGCCGUCCGAUCCUAUUUUGGGCUCCUGAUCCCGGAAAAAAAGGUUUGUUUUUUUUCCCGCAGACCCUGCUAAAAAAAACCUACACCCCCCCAAAAAAAAACUGAAGGGAAAAAAUUGGCCAGCAUGACCUUUGAAAACAAAAGACCUGAAAACUUACGAUUUUGCAAACGACCAACAGCGACGGUCGGCGUUCGCGUGAACAUUUGGUAUACCGCACCUUUCCGUGGCCCACCGUGAGGUUCGUGCAUAGCCCUACACUUGUCUUGACCCGGACUCGUACAAGGGGAUUUUUAAUGUGAGCAGCAUGGUACCGACCAGCAUCAGACGUCCUCAGUCCAGCGCGGUAUAUUUUGUGGCUUUGGGUAACAAUAAGAACAUGUAUAUCCCAUUCGCAUGCAAGUUUACACACAAAACGUGUUUUUUUCCCCGAUUUUUUAUACAUUUAUCUUUGUUCAAUACUUAUAUAUAUAUCAAAAAUGCAGAGAGAACAAAAAGGCCCAUGUACACGGUAAAUUGAGGAUACAAGACAUGUCUACUAGUGUUACCACGCGCGCUGAUCAUGUCAUUCAAUAUGGCGGCCUCCACUGUUGUGACCUUUGUUAGUUGCAUGGUCCAAGUAAAAUUACGGGGUACGAUUUUGAUAGGCCCAACUUGGGUCCAAGAUGUGGCAGAGAAUACUCAAUGAAACAAGCAAACAAGAAUAUAUGUACAUUUUACACUUGGCGUGGUUUAUUCAGUAUUCAGCCAUCUACACACCAGCAACAUGAAUUUUUUUAAAGAUUUGUUUUUCGACCGACCGACCUUAUCUCAAGUGGUAAAUGAAAUGAGAACCAUAGAAUUUAAUAAGGGCGCCCUAAUGUACAAUGGAGAGACUUAUUCACUGCCGCAACGUUUCGUUCGCCACGCAAACCUUAUUGUUGGUCUCCCAACAGCAUUUGUGCGUGCAGUUUGGUUUGGAAAAUACUAUGCAGACUCAAGCUCCACUCGUUCACUGGAAGUUCAGUUUUCGGGACUAAGGUAUUCUGACAUUGAAGGCACUAGUUUGAUGCUGCCACGCUUCGUUUGCACGUGAAAGGCGUAAAUAUCCUCGCUAACUCUCGCACGACGUUGCGGGGUUAAUUAUUGUUGUUUGUGCCGAAUAAAACCACGUGGAAAAUGAAUCGGUUCAGUUUUGUAGAAGGCUUCAGCUACAUGGAUAUUGGCCUGAGAAGAUGGUAUCUUAAAGUAGCAUCCCUUCCUUUCAAUGUAAUUCCAUUCACAUUCAUCAGAUGUAGUGAGUAGAUGUAGAUAGCGGUCAGUCAGGAAUGCACCUUUAAGAGUGUGACGGAUGCCGGAUGUCCACACAAUGAACUUGACUUGUGAGCUGGUGAUCACUGAAUAUGCUUAACACGCUGAACGCGGUUUAAUCUGUCCACAAAAAGUACACAAAUUGAAUGUACAGAGUCUGGCCUUUAACAGGUACAAAUUAACAACAUGAAUCAACAACGGCAAUUUAUCUAAUCAAUAAUAAGCAAUCAUGUCUAAUCACAGAAUAACAAACGAUUACCGGGAUGGAUGAUCAAUAACCUUGUGUAUAGGUGUACAUGUGCAUGACGCCCGAUUAUACGCAAUAAACCCCAUACCAUGAGAAGUGCUUACAGUCGUAACUUUGUAAAUUGUCUCUGCUUUUCUUGUAUUUUUCUACCCCAUUAGAUACUCAAACCUAUCCCGAAAUAUCCAUAAAAAACCAUUAGAGCCAACAAGGCAAAUUUAAAUAAUGCAUUAAAUGAAUCCCACUUACGACUUCGGGGUGACGUGUGUCCUGAAACCAAAUUACAUAGCGACUCAUGAAGUAAGCUGAAAUUUCUAGAUAGUGUGCCCACUGUACAGCGCCCUCUAUUGAGAAAUGGCAACAGACAAAUUAAUCUAUCGAUAAAGGAGCAUUCUGACUUAACAAAGAGUGGGGUACUUGACACAGCACAGCUUUAGUAAUGCUACGUUUUAUGCAUUUGACACAUCCCUGCAUAUGACACACAAGCUCUCAAACUGAUGACGUGUUUAAUUCUACAGAGGACAACCUUUGAAGAAGUCUUGCCAAGUGGCACGUGAUCGCCUUAGAAAAAACAUGGCUACGAAAGAAAUAGUUUUUAUCUUGCGAUGUUGUUUUGGUGGUCGUUGCCAAUGAAACGUAGAAACUGAGCUUAAUGACACACCGGUUGAUUGUGGUCGAUGAAAAAUAACUUCGAGACACUUCGUGGCGACACACAUAACGGUCCCCCAAUUAAAAUCAGUUUUGAGCAUGCGCGCUGCCUUGCAAAAGAGACCGGUUUCUCUGCUUCCACCAGUCAAAGUCUCCCCCAGGAACAUUUUUGUUGAGAUGAGAUCACUUGUAUAUUAUUCUUGUUUACGUUCCAGGACACAGGGCUGCAUCAGCUUAUGACUGUGUAUGGGUGUUUGAGUCUGAGAUUUAGUAUGGAACUUAGUCUAGAUCGUAUAUGGAAGGGGCAAGAGGUCAUUUAUGCAUUCCUCACAAAGGCGUUUUUAUUUUCUCAGAAAGUGAUAUCAAAUAAGAGGAAUACAUGUAAAACG